ACUAAGUUUUGGUUGAUUGAUGGCAUUCACUGAAACAUGAACUCCCCUGGACUGUGGGGGCCUGUUGUGGUCAUAGUGGCUGUAAAUUUUGUAUUUGCGACAGUAAAUGUGCUUAUCAAGAUGAUUCUUGACAAAGAAGUAAGCCAUAUAAUUGUUGUAACAAACCGGCAGGCAAUUUCUUGUGUCUUCUUGGCACCACUUGCCUACUUCUGCGAAAGGAAAAGUAGACCCAACCUUACUACCAGCAUCCUAUGCCAUCUCUUCAUCAGUUCUCUUCUUGGCCUUGAGAAAGUGAAUAUCAAAACUGAUGCUGGGAGGGCUAAGAUUCUUGGUACACUGAUUUGCGUAGCUGGAGCCAUGAUAUUGACCCUUUACAAAGGAAUGCCCUUAACCAGACCAUAUCGAGGAGCCACAGCUGCGAUGGGAAAUCAGGGGAAUAUGAUGGAUUCGACCAAGAAGACUAAGAAAUGGACCAUUGGCUCGGUAUUUUUGACUGCAAGCAGCGUUAUGUUGUCAUCUUGGUUCCUUGUGCAGGGGAGGAUUGGUAAGAAGUAUCCAUGUCAAUAUUCUAGCACAGCUUUAAUGUCCUUCUUCGCUGCCAUUCAGUCAGCUAUUUUUAGCUUGAUCGUGGAGAGGGACUUUUCCAAAUGGGUUUUGAAGGGAAACUUGGAAAUAUUUACUGUGACAGAUGCUGGAACGGUGGCAUCAGGUUUGUGCUUUGUGGGAAUGUCAUGGUGUGUGAAACAAAAAGGACCUGUCUUCACAGCUGCAUUUAAUCCCUCGCUUCAAAUUUUUAUAGCCAUUUUUGACUUCUCCAUUCUGCAUGCACAGAUUUACCUUGGAAGUGUUUUUGGAUCUGUCCUAGUUGUAAUUGGUUUGUAUGUCCUCUUGUGGGGUAAAGCAAGAAGUGAGACAGAGCAACCUGUGCUGAACUAGCCUCAGGCAACUGAAGAAAGUGAGGAUUGUAAUGGAAGAUCACAACUCUAACCAUUAAACAAUCUUCCUCAACUGGAAAAGGGCAGCAUCCUUGGGUCAAAAUUAUUUUUCAGAGAAUUGAAUUAAUCAAUUUGUAUCAUUUCAAUGUUUUUAUGUAAGAAAUCAUUGGAGAGCAUCAAUAAGAGUUACAUACUUGU